AUGUCAAUGAUCACAUAUCCUUGCUAUUUUCUUCUUUCACUUUUAUGCCUUUCUUUGCAUGCAUGUAACGCCAGACCAGUACUUGCUGACAUUAACAAUAACCCUGAGAAGAAAUUUCACAUAAUUCCCUAUCAGAAUGAUCAGAAGGAGAUUUCGGUUACUACAGUACCCACAGUGGAGUCCUCUUCGUCAAAUGAAUUUGGAGCAGCAAAAAAAGAUAGCAUUGCAAAGACUCAAUUGGGUGAUAAUGCUCAAAAGCUGAAGGACUCGAAAGCCAAACAGAAGUUGGACCCGGUCGAUGAGAUAGAGAAAAGUCCAGGUGCUGUUAAAAAAGAGUCUCUUGUUUCAGUUUCUUGGCGUGUGCCUCAAAAGAAACGUGGUGAAAGACAUCCUGGUUUCAACUUGGAUUAUUCUCCACCAAAGACUCACCCUCCUUCCCAUAACUGA